AUGGCUUGCCAUGUUUGGGCUGUGGACCCGGCCGUUCCUUAUUGGGUCCUUGUGCCGGUACCAACACCAACACCUGCAACCUCCUCUUCUACGGAAUAUACGUUUACCUUCGGCAGACACAAAGGAGAGAAGAUAUCUAAUGUUCCGCCCUCCUACCUUGCGUUCUGCAAGGAAUCAGAAUGGGCAGUCAACUACCCGGGUUUGAGACACGCCAUCUCAAAGCUGGAGCGAGAGCACCGGGGUAUGACCGUUGCGCAGCGAAUCCAACACGCGAAAAGUAUUAUACCUGACUGGUUCUGGAAUGAAUCCUAUUCGUGCGCCUGCCAGCUUUAUGGCGCCAAUUCACUUGGGACAGCUAAAGCGAUGGAAGACGCGGUCGAAAGUCGCUGUUAUGAAGAAAAGUACCCACCCCGUCCGGAAACCACGGAAACGGAACUCUCAUCUGGCUCAAUAACGGCACUAAGACAGCUGUUGGAUACCUGCCCCGUAGUAGGGCGAUCAACCCCAGAGUAUGGACCAUUUUUCACGCAAAGAGAAGACGGCUUCACGGAUGAACGCUAUUGGGUUUGGUCUGACGAGUAUGAAGGAAAAGUGAAAGCGGCAUUUAGGGCUGUCCAAGAUGAACACGGAGAGGAAGGGCUACUGGUUGCGCGAUGGAUGGCAAGGGACAAGUAUGCGAAAUGCACUCAUAGCCUGACCCAUAAGGGAUGUGGCAGACAUGGAAGAGAAGGCACCAUGUGGUGGGAUGAAUCAUGGAAUAUGGCGUGGUUUUUUAAUGAAUCGGUGUGA